GUGAAAUUUAAAAUAAUGACAAAUGAGGCAGCUGCAAGUGUAAUAAAAAACAUCAUAAACGAAAUUGUGCAAGAGUGUAGUCUUGGUGGAAAGGAUGUAUCUGAUAGCUUAGCAGCAUUCAUACUCAAGGUAGUGACACUGAGCCAGGGUAGCAAGUAUGUUGAUAGAGCUCUCAGCAGAGAAGAUGUAAUGAAUCUAGUUCAGGAUUGUGUCAAAUGGAUUUUGAAUCCACAACAACUUAGUAUGGAUACAAUCAAGAUGCAGAUAUAUAUGGAUGUGAACUACAUUACAAGAAAUGAUUUUAUCCAAAAGCACCAAAGUACAGUGUGCUCAAGGCUACAGUCUAUACAACAAGAGAUCACAGAUGCUCGAGCUAGAACCAAGCAACAGUUGGAAUUACUUUACAGUACAAUAGUGUCUUAUUUAUUAAUGAAGACAGGUUUGGGAAAUCCAAGUGAAACUGGUGCUGUGAGAGAAACGACUGCAGCCCUCCAGAAUGUGUUCCCUCAGACUGAGCUUGGAGCCUUUAUGGCCCUUGACAAGGAGAGCAAAAUACAAAAACUGUCAGAGUUAGCAAUGAUUGUCACUGGAAUCAGACUAUAUCACCGAGAUAGAGGUAGUGAAGGCAUUGGAAUAGAUAAUGUUGAUACUACUCUUCAAGAUAAUGCAAAAAAGUUGGUUGACAAACUUGAAACUCAGCUUAAGAAGACAAAGGACCUAAUUUCUAAACUAAUAAGUGUUUUACAGAACAGUGGAAUUAUGCCAGCAAAAACUUAUAAUCAUUAUGAUGAGACAUUAACCACCCAGAACACUGAACUAAUGGGAGUUUUAGCAAAUUUGAGACAGUAUGAAUUAUUUUUAUUGAAUCUUCUGUCAGAUGCAUCACGUUGUAGACAGAAAGGGCAAGAUCUACAGUUUCAGUUCAAGACAAUCAUUACUCAAUUGCAGAAAGUUACUCAAACUAGAAGAGCUGUGUCAACUGUUCGAAUGUUUCCAUUGUUUAUUUCCCUUGCUAAAAAUUGGAGUUUGAUUCAAGAGGAAUUGACGUUGCUGAGUAUGUAUUCUACAAUAGAGAAUGAACUUCAAUCUUUCACACAGCAUAGUAAGUCACUACUGUGUGAAGUUUUUGAAGGCUUAGAAGUUGAACUUUCUGCUGUAGAACCAGAGGAGAUAGAUAAGAAAGAAAUAAGGAUCCAUAAAGUUAGUCUUUGUCACUCAAGUGUAGACGUCAUUUAUCCAGAGACUGUUCUAAACUUUGAACUGCUUCCGCUUCAGUUCAGUGGAUUUUGUCCAUGGACAUUAGUCAAAAGUAAAGGUAUUCUUCUUCAUGGGAAACGACAACUAGGGAUUGUCCUGUAUCAAGGAUAUUGCUACAAUUUUUAUACUUCUGAAGCAGGUCAAGAAUUUAUUGAGGAACCUGAAAAGUAUCUUUCAGAAAUAAGGGAGCUUGCUCUUCAAAGGCCAGAAUUGAUUCUACUUCUAGAGCUAAAAAGAGAAUUUGAUUUACCUCUUCAGAAAAACAGUAGUCAUCCUAAUAAACCAGUGAUAAAGAUAGAUUCAGCUGUUCAAACAGACACUCAUCCUCUCACAAGUAAUAUUGACCUUAACUACCAGUGGAAUCAAUGGGAACUUAGGAGGGAGGCACUGAAAAUGGCUGACAUGAAGAAAAAAUACACUCAUUCAACCCAAACUGACCUAAGUCAUUUUCGAAGAGAGAAUUUCUCACAGGUGUACCUUCCUAAAAAAAAUUGGAGUCAGACAAAACAAGAUAGAGGAAUAUCCAUACCCAAAAUUUAUAACCACCUGAGUAGAGUAAGAGGUGAUUCAUCAGGAACAUGUCUAAAAGUUGUUAAUAUAACAUUGGAUCUGUGAAACAUCCCAGAAAGUAUGAAUUAUCUGCAUGUUAGUGACUGUUUCAUAUCUAAUAAAUUCCAUUUGUUAAGCCAUUAAUUUAUGUGAUACAGUUAAUUGAUAGUGUUUGUCUGGUAGAGCAUUUGCCCAUUAAUGCAGUAAAAUUUAGUGUAUAAACUGUUGCACAAAUAUUUACAGUAAAUUAGCUGUAGAACUGUUAAAAUUUUAUUUAAAUUGAAAGAAUAUACUUUAAUAUAUAGGUUUUUGUUUUAAUUGACUACAUGUCAGAACAAGGAUCUUUAGUUUUGAACACAGUGGGCAAGCUUUAAACAAGUAAAAUUUUAAGACUUAAGUAAAAACCCCAAAGGAAAUAAAGCUUAUUAGUUUGUUCAUUUUUCAUCACAUUCAGUAGAUGUUCUCAGAUUUUUACCUAUAAUUAGUUCUGAUCAAUAGCAGAUAUUUUAAAUUAAUUUUUAGGAAAGAUAAUCUAAUGAUGAUAUAAGUUGAACUCUAUAAGAACAUGGACUUCAAGAAUUUUUCUUAUUUCACAGUAGAUUACUGAAUGGAAUAAACUUAUCUAUGAGGUGCCUCAACACUCUUUUGUGUGUCUACAUUCACAAACAUGGAACUAAAUAAUAUAUUUUAUUUAGUUUUAGCAUUUUAAGACAUUCAAUAUUUAUAAAAGAACAUAAUGAUAUAAUAACCAGUCAAAUUAUAGCCUACAUUUAGAAGUUUUACAUUUCAAAAAUGCAUAAACAAAACUAAUUAUUUGGCACUUCCAGAUUACUCUAUGUAUUUUAUUAUUACAUGUGACUUAGAAAGCUACUCACAUUGGCCAGUAAGAAACGAGUCACUGACACACAAAAAGCUAGUGUCUGGAUGAACCAUGCAGUACAAUGUAUUCAUGUAGAUUUUGAUAGUAGUUAGUAUUUUGUACAAUAUGUAAACAUCCAUUAACUUAAUACUUAAAAAAAUAUCAACUUAUUUACCUAUAGGAAAACAUGGCUUCAACCUGUAGUGUCAUUAUUUGUUAACAUAGUGCAAUAUUGACAAGUCAACACAAGCUAGAAAUGUAAAAUAGUGCAAUAUUAAUAAGUAAACAUAAGCUAGAAAUGUAAAAUAGUGCAAUAUUGACAAAAAAACACGUUAGAAAUGUAAAAUAGUGCAAUAUUGACAAAAAAACACAAGUUAGAAAUGUAAAAUAGUGCAAUAUUGACAAAACAACACAAGUUACAAAUGUAAAAUAGUGCAAUAUUGACAAGUCAACACAAGUUAGAAAUGUAAAAUAGUGCAAUAUUGACAAGUGAACACAAGUUACAAAUGUAAAAUAGUGCAAUAUUGACAAAACAACACAAGUUAGAAAUGUAAAAUAGUGCAAUAUUGACAAGUCAACACAAGUUAGAAAUGUAAAAUAGUGCAAUAUUGACAAGUGAACACAAGUUAGAAAUGUAAUUCAGUAUAAGGAAACAUUGAAUUAUCUUAGUUGUCAAUACUUGUUAAAAUGAUGCAAUAUUGACAAGUUAAUAUAAGUUAGAAAUGUGGUUUAAAAUUUUAUUAUUUAAGCUUUCUAUUGAUUUGACAGAUAAUUUUAUUAACAGAAAAAACGUUGCGUGUUCUUUAAUAAAGUGAAUUUCCUUAUUCAUCCACUUGACUAAUGGAAGCUA